GAACCAGAGAAGAAAAGAGUAACAUAGUAAGACAGUAAAAGAGAGAAAGGGAGAGAGAGAGAGACAGAGAGUUAUAAGAAGGUGAAGGAAGGAAGAGAGCGGAGAGAGUGUGAGACUGUGUGAGACAGAAGGUGGUAGUGAGAGAUAGAGUGAAGGAGAGAAAGCGCGUGAGAGAGAAACAGAGGGAAGGACGGAGGGAGGGAGGCAGGAAGAGAGAGAGAGAGAGAGAUAGCAUCAUGUCAGGGCUUAGUGUCUCCCUGUCGCUACACUUCACAUCCUACCUCUCAGUUGGACUGUGUCCAGUGAGUGAGCGAGAGAACAGCAGCCAGUAAGAAGAGAAGUGUUUUACCUCCUCUGUGACUGACAGAGAGAGCAACUUCCCCUCCAAACACACACACGUGUGCUUUUAAGAGGAGCAUCGUCAUAGAAGUUCACCAUGAAGUCUCAGCAGAAAUGCAUUGUGAUCUUUGCACUGGUGUGCUGCUUCGCCAUCCUCCUAGCCCUCAUCUUCUCAGCAGUGGACCUGUGGGGCGACGAGGACGGCAUCACAGAGGAGAACUGUAACAGGAACUGCAGGGUUGUGCUUGUGGAGAACAUUCCAGAAGACAUCUCCUUCUUGGACAAUGGCACAGCACACGUGCCUCUCUCGGUGGGGCUCCACAACCUGCUGAACCUGGCCACUCGCUCUGUGGAGAUCGUCUCACCUCAGUGGGCCCUCAACACCUCAGACUAUGAAUCCAGUUUCCUCCCCUCAGCCAGGCAGGGUCGAGCUCUGCUGUACAAACUGCUGGGUCUAAAGGCUAAGAAGGUCAACCUGAAGAUAGCUAGUGGGAUGAUUGAGUCAGCCGAGCUGAAGAGUCUUGAUCGACACAGUGCAGACGUUCACUACGUAAACAUGACGACCCUAACCAGAGGGCAGCUCCGCUCCUCCUUCUGGGUGGUGGACAGGAAGCACAUGUACAUCGGCAGUGGCAGCAUGGACUGGCGCUCCCUGGCCACGAGGAAGGAGCUGGGUAUCAUCAUCUAUGACUGCAGCUGUCUAGCCCUGGAUCUCCACAGGGUGUUCAACCUAUACUGGCAGCUGCAGUACAAGGAAUUCAUCCCCUCAAUCUGGUCCAAGAGGCUGUACGCUCUGUACAACAAAGAUGAGAAACUCUCCCUUCUCCUCAACAAUACCAAGGCUGAGAUCUACGUCUCUACCUCCCCGGAGGUUCUGUGUCCUAAGGACAGGACCAGAGAUCUGGAGGCCAUCUCCAGAGUCAUCCAGGAGGCUAGAAAGUUCAUCUACAUCUCCAUAACAGACUACUUGCCACUCAUCAACACCAACCCACAGAGGUAUUGGUCCCGUAUAGACGGGAUGGUGAGAGAGGCGUUGAUCUUAAGGAACGUCAGAGUACGUCUGCUGGUCAGCUGUUGGGAGCAGACUCACCCCCUGACCUUCAACUUUGUCUGGUCUCUGAAGACUCUGUGCAUGCAGCAGACCAACUGUUCACUGGAGGUGAAGUUCUUCAGUCCAAGUCAGCAGUGGGAUAGAACAGUACGUGGAAUCAACCACAACAGGUUCAUGGUCACAGACAAGGCUGUGUACAUAGGAAACUUGGACUGGGUGGGUAACGAGUUUGCCUUCAAUGGGGGGGCGGGGAUGGUGAUAAAUCAAGAAGACGGUAUGGAGCAGAAGAACUUAACAAUAGUGGACCAGAUAAGGGCAACAUUCGACAGGGACUGGUAUUCCCAGUAUACCAGGACUCUACAGUCCAAUAAGAUCCCUGUCUGCAACAAGCAUCAAAUCAACCGGUUAGCACCACUCAAAGCUAUCCAGAUUCCAACCGACAAUGGAAUGGCAUUUCUUGGAGCCAGCCAAUCAAUGGAGAGCAGUGGGAGUAGAGAGAGCUCCAAUGGCUCUCUGUGACCAUGAGGAGAACAGUUUCCUUACCCAUGGUAUUGUUUUUAGCAUUGGAGGGAGACCUAUAAGGAAGGCGUUGCUGAAAGUGACAUUUGGAAAAUAGCAUUGAAGCGUCUGUUAAAGCUUUGGGCCAGAGUGGAUUUCAAAGAAAGAGGAAUGGGACUUUUUAAAACACCAACAUAGAAAGAAGACACUGGUCAUGAAAUAUGUCUGUCAAUCUAUCUGUUUAUAAUAUAUGUGUUUCCUAUUAACGGCCAACCCCUGGAUGAGAAAUGGUGGACCUCAUUGAUUACAAAUAAUUGUUUAACAUGAUUUCAUACAUUUUAACAGUAAUGACAUUACUGUUAAAAUGUUACUUUUAACCUUUUAAUAUGACUUACAACUGUGUGUGUGUGUGUUUGUAAAUCCUUCAUUAAGUUUUACUCCAAAAUUGUUUACCCAGCGUGUGAGUGGAAUGGAAUUUAUGAUCAGAAAAAAAUCUGUUGCUUAAAGCUAUACAGAAAAUGCUGUAUCCACACUAGCAUACCCAGUAGAAUGUAUAGUAAUGUAUCACUUAAUCGUAAACACUUACGAGUGUGAGUUAUGAGUAUGCUACUGUGAAUAUAUGAGCACUGGAGAUCAGGUGUGGGUUGUGCUGGCCAAUGAAUGUUCUCUCUAUAAUCUACUCAGCACAGCCCUCUUUUUAUCUCUAAGGCCUCUCCAACCUCCUCAGCCAAGUCCCAAUGACCUGGUCCCAUCUGUUUGGUCCCAACAGCUGAUCAAACAAACUAAUGGGAAAAUAAUAAGAGAUGGUUAUUAUGAUGCCAUGACCUCAUCUGGCCCACAAGUGUUGGCAUCUAGGUUACUUUAGAUUUCUCUACAGGCUCUCUACAUAUAUGCAGGCUAAAAUUUAUUUUCUUCAAUGCAUAUUUUGUCUUGUAUGUUCAUUUUGUUGUAAAUUGAUUUAGAGUACCGAAGAAAAAAAAAAAACUUUAAAAUACCUCUAAUCCAAAGGGACAACUGUAGCUCAGUUAUGCAUGAAUAGUUGGAGUGGGCUUCGGUUGAUCAAAUCAAUGCAAUGAAUUUUUCAUUAGACCUUGAUACCAUUGCCAGUUUGGCAAAGGACAAGGUCUGCAAUGUGAGAAUAACACAGUGGUUAACAUGGCAGUUCCAGAUUCACAGUUUCCAUGUCAGCACUUGCAAUUCACAGGUUCAGAUUUUAAACCGAAUUGCUCUGCAAUUACUAGUAGAUGAUGUUAUACUCAAAUGUACCAUUUUUGGUGUCUAAGUUGACAAACGAUACACACGAUACUUGAACAUUUAAUGCGUUGAGCAGUCUGUUCAAGAACGGUUGUGUCAUUGUAUAGUCACUAACUAGCCCACUGAUGUUUCUACUUUUUACCUUCAAAUAGGCAGUAUCUUUCACUAACUCUACUCCACCAACAAUGUGUCAUUGUGGCCUCCAACAUCACCAUAAAAGAAGAGAGCAAACCCUACUAGGGUGUAGCCCAGACAUCCCACCAUUACAUCUACACACGGCUGAUUACUGACUAUUGCCCUCUAGUGUUGGACAGAGAAAGGUGUCUGCCUUAAAAUCACAUCACACUUUACACAAGCAGACAUGCACACACAUACAUUAAACAGAUAUUAUCCUUGUUCCUGGCACUUUUCCGUAUUAAUUACGUUUUAUUUUCUAUUACUGAUUUGUGGUCAAGCUUACUUUGACCAGCCCCACAGUGUGAUAAUCCUGUCAGUUCAGACAGGUUUUUUCUAUUUAUUUAUAUAUUUAUUCUCUCUUGAACAUUGUUCACAGACUGCCACCUGUGGGACAGUAUGUGCCUGAAGCAAAAACCCUUACUUCAUGUACAACGUGGAUACAAUAGGCUUUUUAAAGCCAAGCAUUACAGACCUAGGAGUAUACACUAUACAAACUGCUUUUGUGUAUUCUUUAUUUUGCGGAGUUUUGGCAUGCCCACUAAUUGCAUGCACUGCCUUUAUGAGCUAUAUAUGAUAGACCAAACCGUCUACCAACAUUGUAAUAUGUAUAUUUAAGAAACACAAAUGAAUGACUAUUUAUUGUAUGACCUUGUUGAUACAUGCACCUAUCUAAAGGUGGGCCUACAUUUCCUUUUCACUCUUAAUAAAAAAUGCAAUACUGCU